AUGGCACCGUUACCGACGUUGAUCUUGUGUCAUGGCGCCUGGCAUACGCCUGAAUACUGGGAUCCGGUCAAGGAACUGCUCGAAAGCAAAGGCUAUAAGUGCGUUGCACCAUUCAUUGGCUAUAAUGGCCGUGCCGGCGAGAAGCCGGUGCAGUCACUGAAGCCCGUCAUCGAUGCUCUGCAGGAGGUCAUUGCCGAGGAGACAAACAUGGGCAAUGAUGUCGUUAUGGUCAACCAUUCAAUGGGGGGCAUGGCGGGCACAAGCGCCAUCAAAGGCUUCACGAAGCAAAACUCAUCGGAACUGGGAAGCGGGAACUCCGGCCACGUGCUUGGGUUGGUCCAGCUCACAGCCUGGGUACCCGUUGCAAAGGAAGUCUCCCUGGCCGAUAUGGCGCAGGACUUUGCACGCAGACACCCAGGGCCGAAGGACGUCCAGCUUGUUACUGAGGACCCGGGUUCAGGUUGGUCGGAGCUGAAGGGCGACCCUGCGAAGGCUUUCUACAACGACAUGUCCCGGGAGGAGGGAGAGAAAUGGGUUUCUAAGCUUAUCAACUACUCAAGUGCAACACGUUCGGCUCGUGAUUCGGUCUAUGCCGGGUGGAAAGACGUGCCGAUGUGGUACCUAGUGUGCACCAACGACAAGGCAAUCGUACCACAGCUGCAACACGACCUUGUCAAGAGAUGUCGCGCAGCUGGCGCAGAUGUCACCACGCGGGAAUGCGAGUCCGGUCACUCGCCAAUGCUGAGCAAACCAGAGGAAACUGUAGCGUUUGUGGAGGAUGCUGUUAAGGCCUUUGCAACGCAAGAGAUAGUGUAG